UGCCCUCUAUCGUGCACUGUGAAAAUGACAACUAUACGGAACGUAGCAUAAAGAUGGUGUUUUUCCAUAUCUGGAUAAAUCCUUUCUGCAGUAAAUUCAUUCUGGUUUGCGAAAUGAAUUAAUUCAAGGAAGUACACAAUAAUAGAGAAAUGCUUGGACUUCAAGAAACAAGAUCUCCUGGGACUCCUACCUCCAAAACGUACAGCUGUGUUGCAUGCUCAGCUACUUUUCAGAGUUUGGCAUCACUGUUGGUACACCAGGCCUCUCAUGCUGAUGAAAUCUCUUGCCAGCCAGAGUCAACGCUACCAACUUGUGUCACCUGUGGAACCUUAUUUUCAAGUGCGGAUCUCCUCGAGAAACACAAUUGCUUGGCGCUGCCCACCCCAGCUGCUCAAAAGAUGCAUGUGUGUGACUGUGGUGAGGAGUUUGAUGCUUUAUCUGCUCUUGAAGAACACAAAAUGUUACACAAGCCUAAUGAACAGGUCAGCUUAAGUUUGGAUAUUAAUCCUCAUCACUUGGAAAUGGAGCUAGACAACAAAACAGACUCCAGCCACCCGGUCUCUGACCAGGCUUCUCCUAAUCGUUCACCAUGCCAUUCUAAUGAAGAACCCAUUGUAAAAAGUGCAUCUUCUGCUUCUGAAGCUGACAUCAAGGCAAUGGCUUCUACUACAGACACAUCUACGGUGGAAGAAAAUGUAAAAAGCGCAUCUGCUUCUGAAGCAGACAUCGAGAUGGCAUCCACUACAGAGAUUUCAAUUCCAACGAAAGAAAAUGUAAAAAGCUCCUCUUCUGCUUCUGAAGCAGACAUCGAGAUGGCAUCCACUACAGAGAUUUCAAUUCCAACGAAAGAAAAUGUAAAAAGCUCAUCUUCUGCUUCUGAAGCAGACAUCGAAAUGGCAUCCACUACAGAGAUUUCAAUUCCAAUGAAAGAAAAUGUAAAAAGCUCAUCAUCUGCUUCUGAAGCUGACAUCGAGAUGGCAUCCGCUUCAGACACAUCAGUUCCAAUGCAAGAAAAUGUAAAAAGCUCAUCUUCUGCUUCUGAAGCUGAAAUCAAGGACAUGGCAUCCACUACAGACAUAUCAAUUACUGCAGAAAAAGAUAUUGUAAAUGAGCAAGAUGAUGUCUUAGAGCCACAUGAGUCUCUCCUACCCCACCAUGUGACUGAAGAGAAGGAGCCCGUCCUUGAGAAUAACAGCGAUACAUUAGAACCCUCUAGCACAUCAAACCAUCCUGAGCAUGCCAGUGAAGAAUCUGCAAGGUCACACAAAGAAUCAACUGGUUGUGAUAAAAAAUCAAUCCUAAAGAUUCUGGCAUCUGCCUAUAUGAGUCAUAGACAGCCAGGCCAUAUAAAUCCAAUACCAACCAAGAGGAACCAGCCCCCCAGAAAAGUUGCGCCAAGGGCACCAAUGCAGUUUGCACCUGCCAUAACAAUGCCAAAGUCUGAGCCACAGAAAAAAGAGUCCAAUACAAAAUGUCCUGAAAAGGUGCUUUCCUUCCCAAGCGCUGUUCUAAAUGUGAAAACUGGUAAGAAGAAGAAGAAAAAGCGGAAGAUUAUAUCGGUGAUACAAACUCUCUACCCUGUGGUGAUGCUUGAGACUCGCCAAAAGCUUUUUGGGAAGGAUAAAGUUGAAGGCAGACACAAGUGUGGAAUCUGUCGUAGGGUUUUCCAGAACACAGACAACUUGAUAAUGCAUCAUGCACAGCAUAAGAAAGAAAGAGUUAAAUUUUGUUUCCGUUGCCAACAAUUUGUGAUCUGUGCUGCCGAGAAUCACAUGUGCUUCAGCACAUUUGCUGGAAACAGUCAACGUCCUCCUGUUGUGGAAAACAAGUCUCCAACAUUGCCUAGCCCUAGCCCUACAACAGCACAGAAACAAAGACGGUUUCAGUGUUCUAUAUGUAAGCGUGCUUACAUCUGGAAGCGCAACCUCAAAAGACAUACCUUAAAAGGUAAAUGUACGCCUAUUCUGACAAGCUCUGCAACUGCAGGCAACCAGGACAAUGGCAACCCCCCUUCAAACUCCAGCGAACCCCCUUCAAGCUCCAGCAAACCUGCUCCAAACUCCAGCAAUUUCCCUCCAAACUCCAACAAACUCCACUCAAAAAAUGAUUCCAGUAGAGAGGUGCAAGACUCAAAAGUAAAUGAAAUUUCAAAACAUGUCAAUGUUGGAGUUGGCACAGAGACUAUAAAAACUGAGGAGCAGAACACAGAAUUUUCUAUAGAGGGGAAAAAUCAGACCGUGUUGAAGAUACCGCCUCCAUCUCACAAGCCAGUCAAUCAGUUACCUUCACCAUCCUUUGUGUCUAACUCCAAACCAACUGAGUCAACAAAAACUGAGCAAAAUGUUGAGUUACCAGCCAACGUGGUUGAAACCGAAGCAGAGGACCAAGAUCAAUUUGAAGAAAAGCAGUGGACUAUGCCAUUGGACGAUGCUGAAAUUGAUGUAUUAAUAGAUGGAGAUCAAGAGGACAUGGAUAAUGAGGACAAUUUUGCAGACGUGGCCAAAAAAGACUCAAAUGAAGAUGAGGAUGUUGUCAUUGUGGAAUCUCCUGAUGACUUGGAAAUGGACUCACUAUUACCUAGCAAUGGCUUUAAUGUGCAUGUGAGUGAUGAAGGUAUAAAACGGUUUGUUUGCGCCGGAUGCCAGAGAUCCUACUCCCGGCGGUUCACUCUGAUGCAGCACUUGAGCAUUUGCGGGGCGAGGAAGUUAAAACAGCAAAAACGUUUCGAAAAAACAUCAUCCGGUGUCCCCGGACCGCUUAAAAAGUUUCCAUGUCCUCAGUGUGGCAAGUUCUUCAGCCGCAAAGACAACAUGAAUAUGCACAGAAAACGAUGCAGUGGAACAAUCCCCAAUCCUCCAAUCGUUCCCAGCAUCGUGGAGAACAAAACUCAACCAGCUCAGGAAAACUUAUUUGUGUUGUCACCGUCUACAGAAACCCCAUCAGUCAGACCGGAGAGCAGUCGAAGUAGCAGCAGCAACUGGGGAAUUAUGUCGCUGCCACCAGUGCUCCCAAGAAGAGUGACUUGCGAAUGUGGAGCCUCUUUCACGUGUCCUAGACUUCUCUUUGAACAUCUGCAACUUCAUGCACAGGAGUCCUACAUUUGUCCACACUGUGGGGAGAACUUGCAGUCCUGGAUGGAUUUUGAAGCACAUCAACAAGUCCACAGGCAAUCUCAAAACCAAGCGGUUGAGCAGAGAGGGCCACAGAUGCACCCUCGUCCAUUUCCCCAGAUGACACAAUUACAUGUUCCAACUCGGCAGCAACCUCGGCCAUUUUCCCAAGUGCUACAAUCACAUAUUCCAUCAGGGCCGCAACAACCUCCAGGGUUUCAGACAUCAGAGAUGAACCUAAAAGCACAGCCAUCUGCACUCCUGCCGCCACAGAAUUUCAACCACAGUCCAUAUCCAGAAACGGUGACAUGCUAUAGAUGCAAAAAGACUUUCUCAGGUCGCCGUUCCUUGUUAAGACACCUACGGUUGAGUUGCAGGGGUGAUGCUGCAGGUCAGAAGAAACCCUCGGUGCAGAUUCAAAGUAACGCCAGCAAACCCACGUUCAAACCUCUUCGUUGCCCAGUGUGUGUGCGUUGGUUCAGUUGUCUUGACGGGCUGAAGAGACACCUGGUCUCACACAGCAGGCAACCCACUUUGUCAUGUGAGCAGUGCGGCCAGAACUGUCCGAGCUAUCAGGCACUUGAGGAACAUAAAAGAAAUGUUCAUAAAGUAAACUCUGGAAUUGUGUCAGCGAAUGUAAAACAAGAACAAGUGUGCAAAGAAGGUGCACAAAGCGCACAAAAAAAUGCACCCACUGAUUUUCAAUGUCACAUCUGUCUGCGCUAUUAUCCAAAGCUUCAGUCGUUGAAGGACCAUGUGAGAAAAGUUCAUCGUCCCAAACAGCCAAAACCAAUCAAUCUGACCGUUGUAGACCCCUUCCGUUCUGGCCAGUUUCAGUGUCAGAUCUGUAUGCGUGCUUAUCCUGACAUCAAAUCCUUGAAAAAUCAUAGAAGGAGAGUGCAUCGUAUUUUAGGUGGCGUGUUUCAGUCGGCAAAGGGAACUGAGCAAAAUCGUACACCUGAUCACUUUCAGUGUCAGAUUUGUGGAAGCAGCUAUCCAGAUAUAAGCGCCCUUCAAAACCACAAAAGGAUGGUCCAUCGUGUCUUUGGAGGUCUUGAGUUAGGGAACCACUCGGCAAAGCCAACCCAAUCAGUGCAAGUGUCAAAUUUGCAGCUAUCUUGAUUUAAGGACAGAAAAAAUGUUUGUGUAAUUCAGUCUUGCUUGUAGAUACGUACAGCUAGUGCAGAUUUUUAAGUGUUUAUGCAUCAGGUGAUGAAAGUGGAGGUGGGUUUACUGGCUUCACUUUAUUGCUGUAAACUAUUUUGGAUGCAAUUACUUUAAUUACAUUUGUACAUUGUUUCAACAUACAGGGACAACUCCUGUGGGCACAUUAUUAAAAAUCAGAAGAGUAGUAAAAAGAAUUAGGAAUUUGAAAUUGUUUGAACAACGAUGUUUCAUAUCUGUUCAGUAGUGUUAUAGUUUAAUGAGUUGUUGUUAUUACAUUACAUGCUUCUUUUUGUUGUAUUUUAGGUGGCUUUGCUUAUUAUUUGAAGUACUCCAAACAGAGAUAUUUGCUCAAUACACUGUAAAAUAGCACUGUAGAUAACCUUUUAUAGAGAGUCAUUCUGUGUUGUCAGUGAUCUGUAAAUAAUACGUUUUUGAUGUAUUCAAACAUGUUGUAUGUUGCUUCAAUAAACGACAAU